UGCCACUGGCCUUGUACUCUCCAACUCUCUGCCACUGUCUGCAAGUAGAAUUCGCAAAACUUUGAGAGCUCGAUCACUCAAAUGCAGUAGACAAACGGACCUAAUCGUCUGGAUUUCCCGGCCUGAAAGAUGACAGGAACCGGGCGGCGGACGGUGCGAAGCAAAGGCAAAUUCGCCGUCGCAGACGGCAGUGAUGUCAGCGACGUUUCUCGUACCAGCUCCAGACCGAGCUCGAAAUCACGCAUGGAUCAUCGGAGAGACGGGAGCUUGAUUCGGAUUCUCAACGUUGACUUGCGAGUCAUGCUCGCCAUUGGCCUAGUAGCUUCUCUCGCCAUCUUCUUCUUGAUUCAGAGUCUGAUUGCUCCUGUUGAAGAGUCUCAUCAGAGACCUAGGGUUGUUACUCCAUUCCCUUCUCCCAAGCUCAUGGAGCUCGAUCAGUUUCAAGGGGAGCAUAAGGAGAGCUUGUACUGGGGAACUUAUCGUCCUCAAGUUUAUUUUGGAGUUCGAGCAAGGGAGCCUCGGUCUUUGGUUGCUGGUCUGAUGUGGUUAGGAGUGAAAGAUGGGAGGUACCAUAUGCGGCAUGUUUGCCAGGACUCCGACGAGUUGAGCAAAUAUGGCUGGAUUGCUCAUAAUGGUCGUGAUUUUGGGAAGCAAGAGCUGGUUGAUCAGGAAUUGAAGCUGGAGACUAGCUUCUUGAAGUCCAGGAGUCAAGGCAGUGGUUAUGGUGGAGAUUGGGCUGUUCAGAUUGAUGUACAGCAUGAGAAAUCCGGACCAAGUAACGAAUUGCUGAAAACCGGUCAUAUGUUUUUCUAUCUCGCUGAUGAGAGUGGGAAUGCUCUGAGUCCGAACAGUCAUGCCGAUGAAAAUAAUGUGGAUUCUCUUCUGGCAUCAGGUUCAAGAGCAGACGUUGGAGCAUGGCAGGUGCAUUUAAAUUCGAAGGAAACUUUGGAGGUUCACUAUUCUGGUUUCAGGACCUCUUACAUUCACAAUUUAUCCGAUCUUAUUCUGCAAGAUCUUAGUGAGCAGGUGAGGAAUUUUGGCCGACUGCAGCUGCCUGAUUCAUCUGAAAAUUCCGCGAACAUAUUAGUUUUCCAGGUGGCUGCAAAGAUUCCAUUCAGGAUGGAUAUUACCUUUGUGUCUGGAACUGAGGGGAAAGGUUCAAGCUCAGAACAAAGAUUGAGCAGCCUUCAAGGUGCUUCAUUGAGCACUCAGCUACAGCAGAAGCAAGCAGAAUUUGACUCGAAGUUUGAGCAGCUCUUUAAUGGAGCCCACAAGUUGGAAUCUGAUUCCACUAUCGUUGGUAAGGCUGCUAUAGCCAAUAUGUUGGGAGGCAUUGGCUACUUUUAUGGACAAUCGAAGAUUGCAUAUCCUCAUUACUUGCAGCAUGAAGGUCAUGACAAUUAUAUUGCAUAUUGGCCUGCUGAGCUGUAUACAGCUGUCCCUAGCCGACCCUUCUUCCCUAGAGGUUUUCUUUGGGAUGAAGGUUUUCAUCAAUUACUCAUCUGGCGCUGGGAUCUCCGUAUAUCAUUGGAUAUUGUUGGCCACUGGUUAGACUUGAUGAAUAUCGACGGUUGGAUCCCUCGUGAGCAAAUCCUUGGUUCUGAAGCUCGUAGUAAGGUUCCAGAAGAAUUCAUUCCUCAGUAUCCAAGCAAUGGAAAUCCUCCGACUCUCUUUUUGGUUAUUCGUGAUCUGCUUAACGGUAUAGAGAGGAACAUCUUCACGGAUGUGGAAAGCAGAGACGUUACUUCCUUCCUGGAGCGGGCUUUUAUUCGUCUUGAAGCUUGGUUACAGUGGUUUAAUAUUACACAAUCAGGAAAGCAGAAGGGCAGCUACUAUUGGCACGGUAGAGAUAACAAGACAACUCGUGAGCUGAAUCCAAAGACUCUUUCUUCAGGAUUGGAUGACUAUCCUCGUGCUUCUCAUCCAAACGAAGAUGAACGUCACGUGGAUCUCAGAUGCUGGAUGCUUCUCGCUGCAAACUGCAUGCAAUCCAUUUCAAAGUUCUUCAAGAAUGGAGACAUCCCUGGGAAGCAGGAAUAUGCUUCAACAGUGAAACUACUUUCGGAUUUCGAGUUGCUGAACGAGAUGCACCUCGACCCAACCAGUGGAGCUUAUUUCGAUUUCGGAAAUCAUACAGAACAGGUUCGUUUGAGUUGGAAAGAGGUAAGAGGGGAAAACCACCAUCUGAAACGAGAACUUGUCCGGGAAGCAUUAGAAAGGCCAAAAUUGAGGCUUGUUCCCCACAUUGGCUACGUUAGCUUAUUUCCAUUCAUGGGGAAGAUCAUUCCACCUGAUUCAUGGAUUCUUGAAAAACAGCUCGACCUCAUUUCGAAUGGUAGCAUUCUGUGGACGAACUAUGGACUCCGUUCUCUUGCCAAAACAAGCUCAGUAUACAUGAAACGCAACACAGAGCAUGACCCUCCAUACUGGAGAGGGCCUAUCUGGAUGAACAUGAAUUACUUGGUCCUUUCUGCGCUACACCACUACUCCCAAGUGGAUGGACCAUACAGAGAAAGAGCAAAGCAGAUAUACAGUGACUUGAGAAGUAACUUGAUAAGAAACGUAGUUCAAAACUACAACCAAACUGGGUUUCUGUGGGAACAAUAUGAUCAGAGGAAGGGUAAAGGGAAAGGUGCUCGUCUCUUUACCGGCUGGACCGCACUCGUGCUUCUAAUCAUGGGAGAAGCCUAUACUUGAAGUACUGAAGAUUUACAUUCUUGUGUUCAGUGUUCAGUUUAGUCUCAUUGUAGACGGAUCUCAGAGCAGCAAAUUUUGAGCGAUUUUGACUCAUUCCGCCGAGGGUAGUCAUAGAUUUAGGGUUACUGUAGCCAUAGGCUUAGCUUUCAAUGAGCAAAGAUUCAUGGCAACUUUAUUCCUGCUAGUAGAUUGCCCCAGGAUUCUCGGUUAGAGGGUGGUGAUGGAUCACAUGAUAUCCACUCCCCACAUUUCAUCACAUUAUACUUCUUAGGUAAACCUCAAGGGUUAAGCACUUAAGCUUUUUACAGUGUCUAGACUUGCUGUCAAGAUAACAGAAACGGAUGUUAACCAUUGUGAAAUGGUCUGGAAGCACCAGAUUUGGGAUGUUAACCCUGUGGUUCUCUUUUGAUUCCCAUCCCACUUCAAAUGCGUCGCUACAAUGAAGCCGAGUUCAGCCAAACCAGGGGCUAACUAACAAUCGGAAGUUGUACUCGUUCACUCUAGG